AUGGCUUCAGAAUCUGCGGCCACCAUCCUUUGUACUUCCAAACAAACACGCUUUCAUAUCGAAUCACCCAACUAUCGCGAGCUUGAUAUUGAAGGCCUCGACAUCAGUAUCACCUCAAGUGGCAAGCCGACACAUCAAGGCAAAACGAAAACAGAAGGAGAAGGUGUCGAGCUCCUUAGCAACGCUAAGCUUCGCCUCAAAGGGGCCAGGUAUGCUCUUGUUGGGAAGAACGGCACCGGCAAAUCUACUCUACUCAAGGCAAUCGCAGAAAAGCUCAUUCCAGGAAUUCCCGAAGGCACUCGUAUUGCAAUUCUACAGCAGAGCAGAAUCAUUGACAAAGAAUCGAAAAAAAGCUCCGAAAGCAAGACAGGAGACGGUUCAUCUGUCUUGGAAGGCGUAAUUGAACAUGCAACAACAAAGCAGGCGAUAGACCAGGAGAUUAAGAUACUAUCUGAUGGGAUUGAGUCUUCGGAUCCAUAUGCUGCGGUUCGAGCUUUAAGACAGCUCAAGCAUCAUAGGCAACAACAACGCCUCUUUCGCCUUGAUAAGGAUGCUAGAUUGAGGAGUGGUACUCGUGGCUUUCAAGCUCGCAAAGUCCUUUUAGCCCAAGAGAAGUUGGUUCGAGCAGCCCAAGAGCUCCUAGAACAGUCUGCGGAAGACAUACUACCCGAAAGUCUUCAAGCGGAGACACAAGAGUUUGCCGAAACACUUGUCGAGAUUCAGCUGCAGGCAGAUCCCGCUCAUGUCGCUGAAAUUGAGUCUAAUGCAAGACGCAUAUUGACUGGUCUCGGCUUUACGGAAGCCGACAUGGCUAAGCCCAUUGCGAGCCUUUCCGGCGGUUGGCAUAUGCGAGCUGCUCUGGCGACAGCCCUUUUGCAAAAAGCAGAUAUUCUUAUCCUCGACGAACCAACCAACUUUCUCGACCUUCUAGGCAUUAUCUGGUUGCAGCGCUACCUCGAGGGUCUUGGGGAAAGCGAACAUCCGCCUACGGGGCUUAACAUCAACGCCAGAGGGGGUCGGUUCAAGCUAAGUCGCGAUAUUGCGGUCUCUCAUCUAAGUACGCAAAAGCAGAUAGAUAUCCCGCCCGAAGACCGGCCGGUUAUCAUUGCUAUUCCCGAACCUCCAGAUCUACGCUUUCCCGGCCCGCUUGUUUCUCUAGAAAAGUCUUCAUUCCGUUAUGCGCCUUCGUCACCGUUCAAAGUAGAGGCCAUUACCCUUUCAGUAAACAUAGGUGAUCGAGUUGGCAUUUUGGGCCUCAAUGGUGCUGGUAAAUCUACCCUUAUCAAACUUCUUACUGGAGAAUCCAGCCCAACAUCUGGCAACGUUACUACACACCCGCGCCUAAAGCUCGGCUACUACUCGCAGCACGCCGUCGAAGCGAUUCGAGCGCUAGGGUCCAUAGAGCCAGAUCUUACAGCCCUGGGGCUCUUGACCCGUGAGGUUAGGGGGGUCCUCGAUGAAGGUGACCUUCGUGGCCUCCUCGGUCAACUAGGCCUGCCUGGACGACUGGCCUCUGGUGUAUCUCUGAUCAAGCUGUCUGGAGGCCAAGUGGUACGUUGCCAGCUGGCGCGCCUCCUAUGGAAGCGCCCCCACUGCCUAAUCCUUGACGAGGUCACAACUCAUUUGGACUACGAGACUGUUUCAGCGCUGCGAGAAGCAUUGCAUGACUGGGAAGGUGCGGUCAUUCUAGUUAGUCAUGACCGAUGGUUCAUGCGAGGCGUGGUAGAAGGGGCUAUGGAAGCGGACGACAACCCGGAAGACGAGGAGGACAAGGACAUACAGAAUCUUAGGAGACGAGAUGUGUAUUGUCUGAUGGCGGGCAAGUUAGUCAAGUUGGAAAAUGGAGUGGAUCAAUUCGAGAGGAUUACUGAAAAGCAAGCCAAGAGGCUCCUGAUGGCUUAG